CGUCUUGCUCGACGCCAGCGGCCAACAGGCCAGCCCCAGCAGCAGAAAAAUUCAUCAUGGCGGAGCCGGAACCGAGGCCUAGGCUGUGAUAGUUCUGCGUGUCGGAACUCCCCGCUAACAUUUGCAUGAAUGUUUGGUUGAAAUAGGUGGAUAAUAUAUGAUCAAAUCAGUGUGCAGAAGAGCUGAAAUACUUCACUGCAGACAAUUUGCAGGUUUUUGCAAUCUCCCACAACCUAUUUGAGGGUAUUUUUAAGUUGAUUGUUAAGAAUACUGCAUUAUGAAUCAGUACCCAGCUGGACUAGUGCCCAUGAUGGUACCACAGCAGUACAUGGUUGUGCCAGGAGCAGCUAUGCAACUGCCCCCAGGCAUGCCUGGGCACCACCCGCAUUCAGCUCUCCAGCCAGCAGCCAUGCUGCAUCAUCAGCAGAUGGCAGCACAGGCUGCUGCAUCCCAUGCUGCUGGAGCGCCAGUCAUCACAUCGCCAGUGGUCACAUCAGCAGGGGCAGUGGCUGCUUUAGCUGUGGGGCACCAAGGCAUGGCUAGCAUUGCGGGCCUGCCUCCUCACUUAGCCGGGGUAGGUGCCCCUGUGAUGUCUGCCAUGGGGGGAGCUGUGCCCGGACUGCACCAAGCUGUUCCAGGAGCUAUUCCCACCCCGUUCUCAGGACUGUCGCCCCUCACAGCAGCCUCUUCACUCGCUGCCUCUGGCCUAUUAAGUCAGCAGCAGCAACAGCAGCAGCAACUUCAACAGCCUCCACCUCAACACCCGUCCCCCCAGCUGCAACAACUGCAGGGUCUCCAACAACCAUCGCCAACACCGCAACAACUAGUCAGUGGCCAGGAGUACUACAGGAAAAAAGAUGAUGAUAAAGGGUACGGCAGAGGUGGCAAUCGUUGGCAGACUGAUCCUGAAAUGGAUGUGGAAGAACUCAAUCUUGAUGAAUCGGUUGUGGCUCUGGACCAUUUUAACUCGGAUCUUAGUCUGGUUUUGGAUCCUGAUGGCUAUGGAGCUACAACUCUCAAUAAUCCCCCAGGAUUUUGCUUCACUUGGUCUGGUGUAAGAGCUACUUAUGGAGUUUGUAGAGGAAAGGAGAGGAGCCCUGGUCCUUUGGUUAUGGUGGCACUGGCAAGUUUUCUACAAACAACCGUUUCUCCGAUUAUGGGGUGCGGUUUGCCCAAGGUGAUGUGAUUGGGGCCAUGCUAGACCUGGACUCUCGACCAGCCACCAUCUCAUUUAUGAAAAAUGGCACCUGGUAUGGUGUGGCGGCCCCUCUGCAUGGCUUCCCUGUGGGAAGUAAGGAGAUGGCCUUGUUUCCACACAUCCUGACAAAGAAUUGCAGAUUCAAGGUGAAUUUCGGGCAGCAAGAUGCCUGGUUCCCGCCUCCAAUGGGUUUCAGAUACAUCGGCCAUCUGCAGCUUCUGGAGAGAGUUCGGGGCAUGACCCCACCCAGCAGAAAAUCUGACUGUGAGAUGAUUAUGAUUGUGGGACUCCCUGGCGCUGGCAAAACAACAUGGGGCAUCAACAUGCAGAAGGGUCACCCAGAGAAACGCUACAAUAUCAUUGGCACUGACACUCUCAUUGACAAGAUGAGAGUGAUGGGCUUACCCAGGAAGCGUAACUACGCAGGCCGCUGGGAGGUGCUGAUCGAAAAGUCAACAAAAUGUCUUAACAAGCUGUUCACAAUUGCGGCUAAAAGAAAGAGGAACUAUAUUCUGGAUCAAACAAAUGUGUACGGGUCUGCUCGCAGAAGGAAGAUGAAGAACUUUACAGGAUUCUACAGGAUCGCUGCUGUGUUACAGCCUGAUGAUCCAGAGCUGGAGCGGAGAUCAAAGAAGAGGACACAAGAAGAUGGUAAAGUUGUUCCUGAAUCUGCUGUUCUGGAAAUGAAAGCCAACUUUUCUCUGCCAGAGGAUAGGGACAACCUGUUUGACAGGAUUGACUAUGUGGAGCUCCAGAAGGAUGUAGUGUCACAGUUGGUUAGAACAUACAAUGCUGAUGGGAAGUCCAAGCCAAGGCAGGACAGUGGUCAGGGGCGCUUUGAUAACAAGUCUCAUCAGGAUCAGAGGCAGUCCCAUUAUGGGGGUUACUCGAGCCAGGGCUAUGGUCGUUCAGGCGGUGGGUACGAUCGUUCAGGUGAUGCUGGAGGCAAACGGGAUCACUGGCCAAAUGAGCAGGAUGAACCUCCGUCCAAACGUAACAAAAAUGAUCUAGGCAGUGCCCUGGACCUGUUGAAGCAGCAGUAUGAAGAAGAUGAGCGUUCUCAACCAGCUCUGCCUCAGGGAGCAGUUGUUGGACGACCUGGCUGGCCGCCUGAGUUGGCCAAAGUUAAAGACGAGUUGACGGGUCAAGCUGUAGGGCCCCCCGGCAGUCAGUGGCCACCGGCUACCACACUGCCACCAGGGUACCCCCCUGGACUCUUACACUCUCAUGCUGCUGCAGCAGCUUUCCAACCCGGUCUGUUGGGAGCCCCACCCCUGCCUCCGGGUGUCCAGCUGGCUUUCCUGCCCCCAGGCAUGCCACCACCUCCACCCUCUGAGCUGGCAGGACUUGGGCUGGCUGCUGCCAAGGCAGGCCAGGACCCUCAAGGUCAACAGGCGGCUGCUGUAGCUCAAACCCAUGCUCAGCUGGCCCAGGCUGCACAAGGCCAGAUCCUGAUGGACCCUGCAAAGCUGGCGACUGGCAGUCCAUACACACUAGUGAGUCAAGCCACUGGACAGAGUCUGUAUGGUGCAGCUGCCCAGGGCUUUGAGGCAGUUAUGGGUCAGGAUGUUGCUGGACGCCAAGCUGCUUGGCAGCAAGCCCAGGAGCAAGCUCAGGCCCAAGCUCAGGCCCAAGCCCAGGCCCAAGCUCAGGCCCAAGCAGCACAGAUACAGGCUGCCCAACAACAGCAGCAGAGCUGGCAGCAAGAACUGGAAGAGGCUACCCUUAAGUCUCAGCAGAAGUCCUGGCAGCAACAACAGCAACAGCUACAGCAGCAACAAGACAAGUCUCCUACAACCAACUGGCAUGACUGGGCCUCACAGAGGGAGAGUAGGGACAGAGACAACAAGAGAGGCUCUGGUGGUCGUGAUUCUUACAGAAUGGACUCGAGAGACCGCGACAGAGACCGAGACAGGGAUCGUGACAGGGAUAGGGAUAGAGAUCGGGACAGGGACCGCGGUAACAGGGAUCGUGAUUCUAGUUAUGGUUCUUACAACAGAAAUAAGAGCCACGACCGGGGGUCCAGUUACAGCAACAGCGACCGUCGAGACAGUGGAAACUAUGGCAGAGAUUCUUCACACCACGGCGGAGGAUCAUCUUGGAAUCAGAGCAGCUACUCUGGCUCAGGAGGCUCCUCGGACCGCCAAGAAUAUGGUUCCGACUCGAGCCAAAAGUCGGACCGUCAGAGGAGGCGCAAGUCUAAGUGGGAUCAACCAGGGGAUGAGGAGGGCUCAGACGGUGCCCAGAUCAAAACAGAAGUCUCAGAUUCAUUCGGCAGUGGCAGUCAGUCACAACAAUCUGUACAGAGUCUUUUCAGCCAGCCACCUCCAGGGUUCACCAGUAACUCGUUUGGUGGCAACCAGCCUUUCUCUUCUUCCUCCAGUCCGCCCGGCCGUCAGGCUAAUGUCUCUGUGAGCAGCAGCUCACAGGGAAACAAAACUCCAGGCUCUUUUGAUAUAUUCAGUCGACCACCACCACCUCUGUUAGGAAAUGUCAAAUCAGAGUUCCCUGCCUCAAACAGUGUGGGUUCCUCUGGAGGCCAGCCGGACAUCAAACUCCCAGUCAGUGGCAGUGGUGAUGGCUUAUUAGGUCAAGGGCCUGGGCCGAGACCAUUGAUCCCAGGCCUGCAAGGCUCAAUAGCAGGACAGUUUAGACCAAGAGGAGCUUUCCCUGGCCCUCCUCCUUUCAGAGGUCAAGCCCCUGGAGGCAACGAUCCCAUGAGACCCAGGAGCAAUGAUGGCUCCUCAGGCAGUCCAAGAAAGCCCUUCUCUCCUGAUCAAGGGCACCAGGGGAAAAUGGGAGGCGGCGGCGUUGAGGAUGCAAGUAAAAGACCGGUACCUAAACCCCUGAUUGAUCUUGAAGAGCCUGGUGCCGAUUCUCAGCCGAUGAUGGGGCAGGGAGACAAGCCAGGAGGUCCUCCUGGAGGACCUCCUUCCAGAGGCGGUCCAGGCAAACCAGGACUGUUCCCCACCCCAGGUACUCCGGAGGCUGAAAUAGGAGGUCCACACAAAGGCCCACCAUUCAGACCAAGAGGCCCUCCAGGACUUAUGGGUCGGUUCCCAGGCUCUCCUAACGGGCCACCGCCACCGUUAGGGGGCCCAGGCAUGCUGGGACCAGGUCCUCCACCACCAGGAAUGGGUGGCCCCAGACCUCCUAGAGGUGGUGGUCCGAUGGGCCCUAGGGGUCCUCCACCCCCCGGGGGACCUAUGGGAGGUCCUCCCCGAGGGCCAAUGGGUGGUCCUCCCAGAGGACCUGGGCCUAGGGGCCCUGGUGGCCCUGGUGGCCCAGGAGGUCCUGGACCGUGGAAUCAGAACCGGCCCCGUUUUGGCCCUCGUGUCCCACCUGGCCCCCCUCGUCCGCUAUUUGAUGGUCCCCCGGGAAGAUGGCCCCGCCCUCCCAGGUAGAUCAAUUGAGAUUUAUUGAUUUAAAUGCAUUCAUAAAACACGUGUCUCUUUGUGUGUUGGUACUAUUUACCAUUUUUUUUAUCCCUUCUCACACCUUUAUUGAUGACCAUCUAUCGGAAUGUUUUUUUUUCAUAAGCUUUCACCGUCAGCAUCACCCUCGUGAACAUUUGUGUAGCUAAGUGGAUUUUUGGUUUAGCUUGCUCAGUCUAAUAAAUAAAUGCCCUUUGUUAUGAGAGUGAUAGGGCAAUGUUGUAAAUAGAAACGAGCAUGAUAGAAUAGCCAAACAAAUCUGUCAAUAUGCUUUUCAAUAGUUCUUUUUUACCAGUGCUGCACCCCCGUAACUUUGUGUCAGCUGUGUGCAAUUCUGAUUUCCAUUUUAUAAAGUAUUUUAUAUAAGUUGGCUUGUGUUAUGCGUUGUAUCAUUGAAAGUAUGAUUCAUCCAUGGUGUGGAAGAAUAGGAAAUAAAUAUGUUCAUUAGGGGGAGUCAUAUUGUUCCUUCAUGACCCAAAGUUGUUUUCAAUGAUUGAGUGAUUGAACACAUUUAUAUUUUCUUGUGUACAAGCCAAUCUCUUCUGUUAUUUAUUUAUGCAAAUUUUGAAUGGUCGAGUGGUUGAUGUUGGAGAGGUACAGAUUUUUAUUUGAAUGGUGUUGUCUUUCUGACCCCAAUUCAAAGAAUUUCACAAUUUUUUUUUCCCUCAAAGUUCUUGUCAAUGUGAAGUCUGUAAAAGAUAUGUGAAGUGCUGUAGAGAUAAUGAAUGUUGGUCCAUGUGAGUUGUUCUACAUGAUAUUUUGCUGCCUUGAAUACCUUGGUGAAAUAACAGUCAGGAGAGUGUGUAUGUUAUGUUGCCACUAAGACUAGUCAUAGGAAGUGAAAGUCUAUUGAUGCAUAUGAGAUUUUCUCAACUUAAGGGCAAAGUUAUUUCAAUUGCCGUGAUAACAUAUCUUAUAUGUUUGCUACUUGCUAUGUGCGAAGGUGAUCUUUGGAACUUCAUCAAUCAAAAGUGGGAUUUGGGAAACAAAAGUUCAGAACCCUUGUGUCAGAACUCCAUUUGGCACUUUCAUAAGGUAUUUGGUUCACGUGUCAUACUGAAUGUCAUUCAUUACUGCCUCCUGCCCAACAUAAUGUAUGAAGAGUCAAGAGGUUACUGCAGUUUCUGUGUACCUUAGCAGAUGAAGGAAUAUGGUUAAAUUAUUGUAGUUGUAGUGGAUAGUCUACUGUAGCUUACAGUUGUUCUUAGCUUCUGGUCUCAAUGAGAUCAUCGUGACUGUUCAUUGUAUUAGUAUCUUGAUUUUGUUUUAGCAAUCUAAGAAAGUGAAGCUAGUUCUCUCCUCAUGUUUAUGAAGAAGGUUAUCAUAACUGGUUUUCAAUGGGCCGAGAUGUGGAUGUAUACUUAUUGUAUAUAUAUAAUAUAUACAUGUGUAUGAUUGUGUUACUCUAUUUGCUGGAGAUUGUUCAGAGUGCCUUCCCAUCCUCUCUGGAAGUCUUGACUAGCAAUUCAAAUCAUAUUCUUUACAUUUUGUAUGUAGUUGAUAAUGGUUACCGUUAGUGGUCUUUAGUUAGCUUUUAUGUUUUCAGUACUUCUCUGUUCAACUGUGAUUGAGAUGGGAGUUCUUAUUUUUUGUCUCUGGCUGCUCAAUAUGUGGUGGGGCAACAUUUCUUUUUGUUGGGGAAAAGGGUUCUUGCUUCAGAUACUUUGAGCAGUUUUUUUUUCUUUGGGGGUGGGGGGGCUUCUUUCCUUUUGUUCAUGAGUUUAGAUUUUUUGGUAUGCGUUUUGGCAUCUGUGUGUAGCAUCUGUCAUUAGAGGCAACUCCGUCUCAUGUUGCUUUUGUUCAUUAUUAAUAUUUAUUCAUUUCAAUUAAAGGUAAAGUAAAUCAUU